UCAUGGGGGUUUACAAACUGGGAGUGGCUACUAACGACGGGGCUGACGAGAAUCGUUUGACAUUGUGUUGCACAUGGUGCUUGUGGUAGACCCGCGACCAGACGUCCUACUUGCUAACUUUGAGAUCCCACACCCUGGCACGUUGUAAAAUCCGGGGGCUCGAGUAUCCACGGAGCUGGAUGGCUUUGCCGAAAGCGUGACCGUUACUCUCCCAUGUGCGAAAUAGAGCGAGUGUUAAAGAAAUCCAACGCAGAAUCAAGUAUGAUGAGGAGCGCAGCAGGUGAUUCGGGGAGUUGCGGUUUGCAGUCUCCCCAUUCCGAAAGUUCGGCUGUGAGAUGGACUUCAGGUAGGCGUGGCGUAGGUGCCAAUCGGUCCUGCCAGCCCAGCACUGGCGCCGGUUGUUGGCGGCCCUGGCUGCACAAGCGUGCUGGUCUAAUUUAAGGCUUUCGAGAAGACUUGGACCACGAACCCUCAUCGGAAGUGUAAAUGCCCAAAGGGCUCGGUGCGAAGCUGCGGAAGAAACAACUCGCCUCCCCAGCAGUUCCAUCUAGGGAGAGACACUCCGAUUUCUGCACGGUGACGAUAAUUGUAGACUCCACGACCAUGAUACGGUUUGCGAGAUUCCUCUUCGCGAUGUGGCUCCCGCAUCGCUUUCAACGUCUCGGCACAGAACUUUCCGGGGCUGCGUCCGUUCCAUUGACUUGUGUAUUUAGGAUAGAUCUAUUUGUGCAGGCUGUGACGGGUGUGUGUCUUCCACGAUUCAUUAUCUUGCUGUUUCCCGACAGAAGCUAACCAGAAGUGCAUGUAGUGCAAAAUUCAUGCUGUGACCAUAUUUUCUGCCACGCUUACCUUGUGAGGUGUGUCCGUGUUGCGAAACACAAAACUCUUUGCAAGUCUUGCCGUGUUAGAGUUGUAAGCCGUGAUUGGGAUAUGCAAUUUUCUUUUAGUCAUCGGUGGUUAGAGAUCCUGGUGGAAGAAGGUUUAGGAGUUUAAUUUUGCACAAAUGCCAUCUAUGCGCUCCAAAGAAUCAAGAACUUAAUAAAUUGGAAUCUGGAAUUAUGAAGUCCAGCGAUUCCUGCCGAUUUUGCACAGAACCAUACACCUAGUCGAGGUUGUCUCUUGCGAAGGAAGGGUUUGGGGAGCAUCUUGGAUUUCGAGAGCCAAAGUUUGGCUGAGGAUUUCACUUCGAUGGAGCCGUAAGAAAAGAUCAACAGAAAAUUGUCAAACAGUAAGGUGAUUGAGCGAGUAACGUAACAAUCUAGUGGAAUCAGAAGUCCGGUGUUUACAUUAUGGCCACCAUCAUGAAGUUCUGGAAAAGGAAAAAGGCUGGGAAUUUAGGCCCAGGCGAUAGCUCGGUUUUGAAUGGCCACGACGAAGAUGCUCGCACAGUCCUUUGCAACGUACCCGAUCACGGAGCCUUCAGUUUUCCGGGGAACAGGACGUCGACGAGAAAGUACUCAUGGUGGAGCUUUGUUCCGGCGGCGCUCUUUGUUCAGUAUCGUAGAGCGGCGUAUUGGUACUUCACAGCUAUGGCUGGUCUAUCCCUCGCGCCGUUCGCGCCCUACAGCCCUAUCAGUGUUUGGCUACCUCUGAUCUUUGUUCUUGUCUUGGGUCUAUUGCGAGAAGCAUGGGAAGAUCUGCGGCGAGCCAAGGGUGAUCGUGAGCUCAACAAUAGAGACAUUGAAGUACACGACGGCAAUGGAGAAUUUGUGGUGAAGAAGUGGAAAGUCUUGCGUGUCGGGGAUCUCGUCAGAGUGAAAGACGGCGACUAUUUCCCGUCUGACUUAUUGCUGGUAUCUUCGAGUGGUCCCGAUGGCAUCUGCUACGUGGAGACGAUGAACCUGGACGGCGAAACUAAUCUCAAGGUCCGGCAAGCCUUGCAGGUGACCUGGGAAAUUGACGGAAAAGAAGAAGUAAAAUUGCGAGAAUUUAAGGCCGAGUUGCUGUGCGAGGGCCCGAAUGCGUCCUUGUACACAUUCUCAGGUCGCCUAAAGAUCAAUGAAGUGGAGCUUCCUGUCGGGCCUCCCCAGUUGUUACUGCGAGACAGUAGCCUCCAGAACACGGGAAGUAUUCUUGGUGUAGUGGUGUACACAGGCCACGACACGAAAUCGAUGCAGAAUGCCACUGCGCCUCCGAAUAAGCGCAGUCGGGUGGACCGCUCUCUUGAUAGAGUCAUCUGGCUCAUGUUCUUCUUGCUGAUCGGCAUGGCCAUUGCCACUUGUGUGAUUAUAGGCAUUCGCACAAACGUUGAUGGGCUUAAUGUGUGGUACUUGCGGCCCACGGAGAGUAACGCAUACUACAAUCCUAACAAUAUAGCUAUCGUAUGUAUUGUCGGAUUUUUUAACGGCCUCGUGCUCUACGGAUACUUGAUUCCCAUUGCGCUCUAUGUCUCCUUGGAGAUUGUUAGAGUUGCUCAAGCCCUAUUUAUGGUUGCAGAUGAACAAAUGUACGAUUCAGUCUCUGACAAGCGGGCCAGGGUAAAGUCUCCGGGGUUGAACGAAGAAUUAGGUCAAGUUGACACGAUAUUCUCAGAUAAAACUGGCACUCUCACUAGUAAUCAAAUGGAUUUCUUCCGGUGUACAAUUGCCGGAAUCUCGUAUGGGGAAGGUACGACAGAGGUUGAGAGGGCGGCGGUGAGAUUGGGCAUGCCGAUGGGUCUGUCUUCACGUGAUCUAAGACCUGAGAGGCAAUCCGACUCGAGAACGAUGAGUGCGAGAGCAGAAACAUUAGAUGCGAAUGCACUAGGUCCUAAUAACAAUCCCUACAAAGAAAAGGGAUUUAACUUCUACGACGAGCGCCUCAUGGGAGGAAAGUGGAUUGAAGAACGAAACUCCGAAGCAAUUAAGUUUUUCUUUGAGGUUCUUGCGCUAUGUCACACAGCCAUUCCGGAGGGCACCGCUGAAGAUCCUUUUAUGAUGCGCUACAGGGCUGAGUCACCAGACGAGGCCGCCCUCGUUGUUGCCGCCAAGCAAUUCGGCUUCUACUUCUAUAAGAAAACUCCUACAACUUUACAUAUCCGCGAAAGUUUGGGACCUGAUGUUCCUCCAAGGGACCAAGUUUAUCAGCUCUUGGAUGUGUUAGAAUUUAGCAGUCUGCGCAAACGCAUGUCUGUCAUUGUCCGCUUCCCUGACGGCCGUUUGUUACUUCUAUCGAAAGGGGCUGAUUCCGUGAUUUUUCAGCGCGUGGAUAGGAACAGCAGUGGCCCCGUGACGGAAACGUCAAAACACCUUCGACAGUUCGGGGAGGUUGGUCUCCGGACGCUUGUGGUUGCUUACAAGCAAUUAGACGAAAAUGAGUACCAGAGCUGGCGAGUAAGGUACGCAGAGGCGAGGGCCAUAAUCGGGAAAGAGAGAGAGCUCCGCACUGAGGAAUUAGCAGAAGAAAUGGAGCAGGAUUUGACAGUAGUUGGUGGCACAGGUGUGGAGGACAAAUUGCAACAAGGUGUUCCAGAAGCUGUUGAUCGUCUUGCUCGUGCGGGGAUCAAUAUAUGGGUCUUGACGGGUGACAAAGUAGAAACUGCCAUCAAUAUUGGCUAUGCUUGCAGUUUGCUAAGGAAAGGCAUGGACAAAUUAAUUGUGAGCCUGGAGGUUCCUGAAGCUCGAUCGAUUGAAGAGCGCGCUGCCAGAGAGGAAUGGUUACCUGAUAAAAUCUUUGAGGGGCAAAAGAAAUUCGUCUCACAGAAGCUCAAGGAAGCACUGGACCUUGUCUUAGGAGGCCAUGAGAAUCCUCGAGGAACAAGCACCAGCGAGAGAAAGAUUAGCUUUUCAGAGAGCUUCCGGAGUGCUCUUUCCCGUAGCAUUGGUAGGAACAACGCAUCAGCUCUCUCCCGUAAUUCGAGUCGCAGUAUGAGCAACAUCGAUGAAGUCCUAGCUCUUAAUCUCAGCAACCCAAGAGACCGUCACUCGCGCAUUCCAAGUGGAGGACAGAAGGGUUUAGAAUUGCUGUCUUUUCACGUAGAUGGUACAAGAUCGGGUUCUGACGUCGAAGGCCUAUCUCAGAAAGUGACACCUAUUACGAAAGACAAUCAAUUGUCACGAUCCCAACAUGAACCCUCUGCUGAGCCAUCAGAGUAUGCACUUAUUAUAGAUGGUCAAUCUCUUGCAUACGUUCUAGCUGAAGAAUCACUCCAAGAGCUCUUCUUAGAGGUUUGCAUCAAUUGUUCCUCAGUCCUUUGUUGUAGAGUGUCACCCCGCCAAAAAGCUCAAGUUACAACUCUUGUUAGGAAAGGGCUUGGGCAACACCGUCUGUGCUUGGCCAUUGGAGAUGGUGCGAACGAUGUGGGAAUGAUCCAAGCUGCCAACGUUGGUGUCGGCAUUUUAGGGGUUGAAGGCGCUCAGGCGGCAAUGGCAGCUGAUUUCGCCAUCGGCCAGUUUCGGUUUUUGGAGCGGCUGCUGCUUGUGCAUGGAAGGUGGUGCUAUCGAAGGAUUGCUCUUUUGAUCCUCUACUUCUUCUACAAGGUUUGCAUUAUGGGCUGGAUAUCUUUGUACUCCAAUAUCUUUGCAUACUUCUCAGGAAACCCCCUCUACAAUGAUUGGUAUGCUUCCUUCUACAACACGGUCUUCACUGUGCUCCCUGUAGUCAUAAUUGGCAUCAUUGACCAGGACGUGACUCCUGCUGAUGCUUUCCGUUACCCUCAGCUAUACCGAUCCGGCCAGCGUGGUGAGCUUUUCAAUAGGAGAUCUUUCUUCUAUUGGCUUGUGUUAUCUGUCUACCAAUCCGCAGUUAUUUUCUUCUUCCCUCUCGUUGUCUUCUCCGGUUUAAGUGCUUUCCGCCCCAACGGCCAAGUAGCUGCUGCCCAGGAUUUCGGAGCAGCCAUGUUCACAGGGCUAGUUAUUGUGCCGAAUCUCCAAGUCUAUUCCGCAUUUCAUUACUUUACAUGGAUUCAUCAUGCAGCCAUCUGGGCCAGCAUUUUGAGUUGGUACCUCUUCAUUAUCAUCUACGGCGCCAUCCCAGUCUCCUGGGCCACGAUUGCCUAUAAAGAGUUUGUGGAAGUGUUGGCUCCCUCGGGCGGUUACUGGCUACUGCAACCGCUCGUGGUUGUUGCAGCCUUGUUGCCGGACCUCAUGCUUCGCAGUGCCAAAUGGGUUUAUGCUCCAUUAGAUUACCAAAUUGUGAUCGAGCAGGAUAAGAGAGGCUCGCCGCAUCGGGCUCAGGCAAGCAACCUUGUACCUUAGCGAAAAUUUCCCGCUUAUUUAUUCCAUUCUUUUUCUUUUUCUUUUUUCAUGGCAAUAAAAAGGCUUCUCUCAGUAGGGCGUCAAGUCGUGAACGCUACACCUAGUGGCACAUUGGUAGCUAAACCUGAGAAUGGUGAACCAGGAGUCUAGACAGGCAGUGUGCUUAGAUGUUAGCCAGCAAUGCAAUAUAAUUUUGUAGAUUCUACGGCCCAUGUACAUGAAAUGAGAACUUCAACAGUAGACAAGCUCUGAAGUGGAGCAUCUGCUCUAAUUAUUGCAUACCUUCGAUCGAGCAAUAGUGGGCCCUUCUGCCUCACCUUGAGUGAAGUUUUCAUUUGACAAGCACAUCGGAAUCGGAAGACAAAUGAAUCGAUCAAUCGUUAUGGAAGAAGUUGCACCCAAAGCUAUGGGGCCUUGACUGAAGAAUCUGUGGCGGAUGCCAUUACAUCUAAAACACCGCAUCAGAACCGCGAUGGUUCGAGAACAGUCACUGUAGCCACGAAAGACAACGAGCAGUCGUGGGAUACCUUAUCGUGCAACAUGACACUCUUACACACCAGCAAAUUCCGAAGCGUGCAUCAUGCCAUCGCUUCUAACGUUCAAGAUCAUCCCGUUAUUUCACUGCCACUGCAUGUAAAACCCCCACCACCACUCUAGCGGAUUUUGAACAGAGUGAUCGGUUGAUUACAUGGAAUCGGCGUUGCUCAAUAGAUAGUCGAAUUGUAGAUCUUACAUGCUCAUCCAGAUCAGAGUUUUCGCCUAGUCAUAGCCGUUGCUUGGCUUCAAUGCAUCGGGCUCUUCAACAGCGACCUGUCAUUACUUCAUAGAUCUCUGUCUGAGCGGCUACGCUUCUAGUCGGCACUUCUAGUCGACUCGAGGUUAUUACACCGAUAAAAGAUUCGAAUAGUACACCGAAUCAUUGAGUUGA